GUGCCUUACGUAAUCACUGCUGUGUCCUUUUCCGCAUCCCUAAUUGGUAGCUCAUUCUUUAACUUUAGCUUUUUUCCUCCAGUUUCAUUCCGUGUUGCUUGUUAUAUAGCACAUUUUGGCUUUAGUAUAAAAGUCAGACAGACCACUCGUUAAAAUCGUUUGUGCUUUUGGCUCCGAAACGGAUAUUAUUUUGAUGUUAAAGCCACCGGAAGAGGCGGGCUAGCCUCUGGAAGCUAACAGCUGUUUGGGUUUCAGCAGAAACCCUAAAGAUUCUAUGACCUGCAACCGUAUCAUCAGAACUGAGGAUGUACCCUCCUCCAAGGAAGGACUUUAUCGCUUUGAACCUUGGUGAUCCCCACAGCCACGCCUACAACAACGGUAAACACCGAAGACAAUCCUGCUGGAGGAGAUGGAAGCAGCUGUCUCGGCUGCAGCGGAGCCUCAUCCUCUUCCUGCUGGCUCUGCUGCUCAUAUUAGCACUGCUCUCCUAUCCCAGCAUCACAGAGCAGUGGAGAGGGCUGUCUGAUAAAGAGGACUGGCUGGAGGUGAAUGACAGAGGUUUGAACAUGGUCCCCCCAGGCCUAAAACCGGUGCUGAGGCCCGCUGAAGGUAAACCUCCGGCUCCUGUAGCCGGGCCACAUCUGGAGCCCGCUGAGGGUCCACCGGAUACCAUGGAGCCCAGAGGACCAAAUAUCCCCGCUUUGGCUAAACCCCCCACCAAGAGGAAGCCAUUUUUAAACAAAAGGGCUUCACCAAGCCCACAAAAAGAUGCUGCUAACCCUGAUGCAGUCAGUGAGGCAAAACAAAACCCUGAGGUGGUUCUGAAAGAGGCUGGAGAGGAAGAGGAAGAGAAUGAGAAAAAGAUUGUCAGCUGGAGAGGAGCAAUGAUUGAAGCUGAGCAGGCCACAGAGCCUCCACCCUCAGCCAAUGAGAAAGAAGCUGUGGAGCCUCAGGCACCUGCCAACCCUGCAGCCACCGUCCCUCAGCAAGUUUCUCCUGGAACUCCUGAGCGAUUGGAGGCGGUACGCGAUGCCUUCAGACAUGCUUGGAAAGCCUACAAGGAAUACGCCUGGGGUCACGACGAGCUCAAACCCAUCUCCAAAUCAUUCAGUGAAUGGUUUGGAUUGGGGCUGACCCUGAUCGACUCUUUGGACACCAUGUGGAUCCUGGGACUAAAAGAAGAGUUCGCUGAAGCAAGGAGCUGGGUGGAGAAAGAGCUCUCCUUUGACAAGAAUGUGGACGUAAAUCUUUUUGAAACGACUAUUCGUAUUCUGGGCGGGCUGCUGAGCUGCUACCACCUGACAGGAGACCAGCUCUUCCUAGAUAAAGCUAAAGACAUCGGGUCCAGGCUGAUGCCAGCCUUUAAAACGCCCUCAAAAAUCCCGUUUUCAGAUGUCAACAUUGGGAAGGGAACAGCGCACCCACCGCGGUGGACGGCAGACAGUACGCUGGCUGAAGUCACCAGCAUUCAGCUGGAGUUCAGAGAGCUCAGCCACAUCACCCAGGACCCUCAGUACCAGGAUGCUGCGAAUGAAGUCAUGAGGCUUGUCCACAAGCUGCCCGGCAAACAUGACGGCUUGGUGCCCAUGUUCAUCAACACUAACAGCGGCCAGUUCUCCCACAAAGGCGUGUUUACGCUCGGCGCCCGGGCAGACAGCUACUAUGAAUAUCUGCUGAAGCAGUGGAUCCAGGGGGGAAAGACUGAGGACGAUUUAUUGGAGGAUUACCUGCAGGCUAUUGAAGGAGUGAAGAAGCAUCUCGUGAGGCAGACGGGGCCCGGCAGGCUGACCUUCGUUGGAGAACUUUCCCACAACCGCUUCAACCCCAAGAUGGAUCAUCUGGUUUGCUUCCUGCCGGGAACUCUUGCUCUGGGGGCCCACAACGGCCUCCCGGGGGACCACAUGGACCUGGCUGUGCAGCUGAUGGAAACCUGCCACCAGAUGUACAAACAGAUGGAGACCGGCCUCAGUCCUGAGAUCGCACACUUCAGCUUGCAGGCCAGCGAUGGUCACGACGUUAUUGUGAAGCCUGCUGACAGACACAACCUGCUGAGACCAGAAACGCUGGAGAGUCUGUUCUACAUGUUCAGGUUCACCAAAGACAGCAAGUACAGAGACUGGGGCUGGGACAUCUUACAGAGCUUCAACAAGUAUACCAAGGUGUCUGGGGGCGGCUACACCUCCAUUAACAACGUCCGUGACCCCGCUAACCCCGGGCCCCGGGACAAGAUGGAGAGCUUCUUCCUGGGUGAGACGCUCAAAUACUUGUACCUGCUCUUCACCGACGACCUGGAGCUGCUCAGCCUUGACAAGUACGUCUUCAACACAGAGGCUCAUCCUCUGCCAAUAUGGCCGUCUCCGCCCAAAUGAGAGUCCCGGAAGCGACCGCCUAGGCUGGAACUGCUGUUUAAAGCAGUAACAGAUCUUUGCUUUUCGGUCCAUGCCUGCUUUAUUUUUCCUAAGGAAAAGGUUUUGUAUCUCAGCUGGCCUCUGAACUUUCACAUCACAAGAACACUUUCUAACAGGUCGGGGACUCAAAUGAUUACUGUAUAUUUUCUGAUUUGGGGUUAUUAUGAGGUGAAAAUCACUUGUCAGUGCUAGAAAAUGUCAGACAUUGCAACAUCUUUGGGUAUGGACGUUAGAAGUGUCUAUGUGACGUUGCACCGUUCUUCAGUUCUUAAAUCCUGAAGACAUUUAAUAAAAGCUUACACCGAUCAU